AGAACCGGCACCGGCAACGAAGGGCUGCAGUUGCGAUCGGAUGAUCGACGAGUGCGCGUCUCUCUUGUUUGUAUCGCUUGUAACUAUUCGCUCGGUAUGUCAGGUGGUAUCUCGAGUCUCGCGAAUUGUCAACGGUGAGACGAAACCGCAACAUUGGAGACGAAGGAUUGCUGGGGGAGCAGAAACGAGCAAUGUGUACGGAGACCAGCUGGGCUCACGUAAUUGCCAGACGCGCCGCAACGCACGGCGUCGACUCUUCGAUAGUCUAGAACUUAAGGGAUUCUCAGGGUAUCUAAAUACAGGACACAUCCGCGUCCGAGGAGGGACUAAACGUCGACGAAGACGAAGAGGGAGGCCGGUGCGGGCCACCGGGACGCUCUUCGAGCCCUUUCAGCUUCCAGGAUGUCGUACGCCAAUCGAUUCCCGUCUUCUCAGCACACUCGUUAUCGCAGCAGCUGGGGGCCCUCUUCGGUGACUGUGUUCAAUCGCGCCGACGUACCGAGACCCUCCCCCGAAGAGGAAGAGUACGCCGAGUUUUACCACGAGCGUCUCCACUCGGCCCAAAGCAGACAGUUGCUGCCACUUCAGGAGGACCUGGCCGAUUGGAUCAAUAAAACGUUAAACGGGGAUUACGUGACGGGAGACAAUUUCUUUGAUUCGCUCGACAAUGGCGUGGUGGUGUGUCGACUGGCGAGGGUUAUCCAGGAAAAGGCGAGGUUGGCGAUCGACGCUGGAAGAGCGAAAGGGUCACCACCUGUGAUAAGGGGACGAUGCUGGGAGAACGCAGCGAGACGCAGCUUCUUCUCCCGCGACAACAUGGAGAACUUCAUUCAGUUCUGUCGUCGUCUGGGCGUCCACGAGAACCUCCUGUUCGAGAGCGACGACCUCGUUCUACACGGACAGCCACGGAACGUGGUGCUCUGCUUGCUGGAAGUGGCUCGAUUGGCAUCGAUAUAUUCCGUGGAGCCGCCGGGACUAGUUCAACUCGAGAGGGAAAUUGCUGAGGAGCAAGAAAGGGAUCUUCACUGUUUGUCCGACAGCGGUAUAUCUCACAGCAGCCUCGUCUCCUGGCAAUUCCAAUCGCCGUCUCCCACCGCGACGCCCAGGCCGCAACCAGAGAAAAUCAAACACAGCAGUUCAGCGUCGGAGGUUGCAUCGACAGGAACGCAUUGGUUGGAUCCCACGACUGGUACAACGCACGAGCCCGAAAUGCGAAGGUCGGUGAGCGAUAAUGGGCCAGCAGGUAGCGAUGGGGUGCCCAGUGAUACGACAGAGGACGACUGGUCCCGUGGAAGCGCCGAAGAUCCAGACGAAGUUCCAUCGCCGUCUUGCUCACCUUUGCCCUCGCCAGCCGAACCGCCAGAGCACACGGGGCCUAUAACGGAACUCGAUCGCAAGGUGAGGAGAGCGACGGAGGCGGUCCAGAGACUCUGUCAGUGUCCCUCGGAGAAGUGCUCCAAGUUGAAGGUGCGCAAGGUUGGGGAAGGCCGUUACCACAUCGCCGGAAGAAACGUCUUCAUCAGACUUUUGAAGGGGAGACACAUGAUGGUCAGGGUAGGCGGUGGCUGGGACACCUUGGAGCAUUUUUUGGCGAGGCAUGACCCCUGUCAGGUGAGGACCCUCAACCGCGAGAGCACGCCGCCUUCACCCCACGGCAACAAGCACAGCAACUUUCUUCCAAUUCGCGCCAAGUAUCGCAGCCCUCCGCCGGAAUUCGUCUCGGCCCGCUAGCCUAAAAGCACAGUGCCUGUUACAAGUCCACGCUACUUCACGUUCAUGCUGCUGUUAGUCCGUCUGGUACAAGUAGAGUACACGACACGCGCGACACGUCGACAAGGUGGCGUUACAGAGACGAAACGUUGUUUGUACGCAAAGGUGACUGAACCGUGACGAGUCAGGGGGGAGGGAACCAUGCUGAUAGGAUAGACGAUGGGUGACGCGGUAUAUCCCUGAAUUUUCAUUAAUCGAAAACGAACCCCAAAACCUGAGACUUUCCUUCUUUCCAACCACUGUGCGUUCACGAAAUCGAGGAAUUUCGAGGGUUCUUCCGCGUAUCUAUCAGCGAACGUCUCCAGGGAUGCGUGGUCUAUGUUACGCCUAUGCUAUCUCACGAUUACAUCACUUCUAUUCUCGUAAUCAUGUACACAUUGGUACCAAGUGCACCUAUUUCUUAGAUGGAUAAGUUAUACAGGGGAUGGCACUAUUUUUUAUUACCUUGUCAUGUAAUACGGUUGGGGAGCACUAACGUUUCACGUACGUCCUUGCAAGUGUGUUAAUAUGCAAUCUUCUUGCGCGAAGUUCGAGUAUUCAGGGGGCAGGUGACUAGAAUCAAUUCAGUAAUUUCGAGGAUUGAUUCCGACGAAUAUUCUGACGUUCAGAGGUUACGUAACAGUACUAACAUUUUUCUAUUUAUCGUAACUCUCAAUAAUUUGUGGUCACAGCGAGUACUUUGAAUGAAAAUCAAUUUCUUCCCUAUUCUAAAACUGCGGCGAGUUUGUUGUGCUUUUGUGAAUGACAUCAAAAUAAAUUCAUAUCAUCGAGACUGGUAUCUCCCUCUUUGAACCUCAUUUUCUUAACGAUCAGACGCUGAUGAUCUGUAUUUUAAGUUUGUACGACGUAUCGGGAAAGCGAACAUCAAGAGUAGUAAUUAGUUAAUAGGAAGAAUUGAUUUCCAUUUACAAAAUUUGACGAUUAUAAACACUUUUAUAUAUACGAUUUAUCGAAGUAGCUUCGAGUUACGUGCCCCGUGCAUAAGUGCAACGUGUAUAUUUGUUUGUACUGUAUUCACUUCAUUGAUUGUACGAUAAAAGUACAAAAUUAUUUUUCGUACAAUAUUCACUCGCUUCGUCGCUUAAACGUUUAAUCCUUUCGAUGCUGGGAUCGUUUAAAAAGUUUUUAAUCGAAGCAUUUCGUGCGUGGAACUCUCAUCGGCAUGAUGAAACACGCCAGCCUCUCGAAUCCUAUAUAGCACCGAAAGGGUUAAGUGUCACGCAUACCACAGAUGACGGGCAUAUUAACGCUUGAUUUGGAAAUUGUCUAACAGAAAUAGGUAGUAGGGCAAUGCACCUGGUAGAGGUAGCUUUACGACCGCAAUGACCAAAGUUCGUAAGUGGUAUGUCGAAACGAUGCCAGUUACAGGUUAUCAGAAUGUCGUUUACAUUCAAGAUAACCGUGGUAUAUUCUCUGCUCCCAUUCCAAAAUUCGUACUACAUUUGGAACAAAAUUAAUUGGCCACUCAAGAUCUCGAUUCAUAUUUUUAUUUUGCCGCCAUUCGAUGCAACUUCGGAGUUUACGUUAAAUAUUAUUACUUAUUAUUUGAAAUGAUAUAUGUAAUUACAUCAAUUCGAUGUGGUAUCUUGUCUUUGAUAUAUUUAUAAUGAUAUCGAUGCUUGCUCGGUGUCAUAUAGUGUUAACAUCGUUCUGUAUUAAUUCCAACGCGAUAUCAAUGCAAGGUUUCAAUACCUUUUGACGCUUCUUAUUAAAUGUUUUGGUAUCGAAUUGCUUGGACGUUAUCGAUAUGUAUCGUAUCAGUUUCGUUUCUAGUGACAAAGUUGCAUAACUCUAACAUGUAAACAGUUCACGUUAGCUGGAUGACAGAUAGAGUGACGAGGGUGGGGAUAACGGUGUAGCUGAUUAAUUUCGUUCCGACUGUAAAUUAUUUCUGCUUAGGGAUGUUCGAUUCUUACGAAAAAUUGACUCAGAAUCGUAUGUCCCUAUUUAAGCUCCGGCAGUCGAUCUAUGCAUGUGAUUAUAAGGAAGUGCAAUUAUAGACUCAGGUAACGUUUGCCUAAGUCGAGAGCCUGACCUCUUAAUGCUACAGGAAAUUGUACUCUUCGAAUGAACGAUUCCGUCUCGUAGAAAUGCAAUAUAAGGGAUAAGAUAAUCCUGUCCAGAUUCUCCAGAUUGUUAGGUACAAUCUACGUUGCGUGAAACUUGAAUAUUUGAUAUUACUUGUACUUGGUCAUUGCUACAUCUUGCAAAGGCGAAUCUCGUAGUGCACUUAAAAUAUUUUUCGUGGUAAGCAAUAUAAGGCAUAUAGGCUAUAACUGAUGACAGGGUCGGUUACAAUGUUCGAUAAUUCAUUGUAUUUAUUUGUAUUGAACUAAUAAAUUGACAAAAUGUUGUUACAUGAUGCGUCGAGCAGUCGACACGAAUGAGGUUGCCAAUUACAUUAUGUAUAAAAGAAGAACACGAUUGAGUAAAAGUAUAUAAUAAUCUAUUUAUAUGUAAGUAUAAAUAGAUUAUAUUAUAUAUAAAAGAGAAAACUCAAAAUUCGUAUCGUGAGAAUUUUGUUAUGACUCUCAAAUACGUUUUAUCAAGAGAGAACGUAUUCUUUCCAAAACGUUAGCAACCUUAGUGUUAAUUCUUUCUUUAUACGAAUCGGUGAAACGAUAUCUUGGUUUUCGAAACAUUUUUUCAUUCCAUAUCUGGCUAUCAUAUCCGCCGACCCUGAAGUAAUGAUUACACUUUGGCACAUAAUCGAUAACGUAAUUAAAUCGGCUAUCUUGCAAAAUGCUUCAUGAUAACUGCCAUAAUAUAUGUUUUGUACUUUUAUAAUAAACAUAUAGGAUAAGGAAUGCGAAGGGCGAUAUCGUCGAAAUUUACAACGCGUUGUGUUUGUUGGGUUCACAGAAAUGCAAGGGCACAGGAAUGUGCAAAGGAAUACCAAAGCAAAGAAAUGCGCGACGAGUAAUGUCGGCACGUUGAGGCUAUUGUCGUUCGAGGAUUUAUUUUUCUCUUUUGUUAGACUUUUUCCCCUAAAUUGACUGUAUCAUAGCCUUCCACUUCGUAUUGUUCAACGCGUAGUACGCAUCUAAUAAUUUCGUUAACACAUUUUGUUUGUAUUGGCGUUGGAGACUGUAUUUAUUUGUAAAUGAUGUAUUGCGACGUAACGGCGAACAGGAUAAAUUUACUUCGCUACCUAUUAUGUAAUAUCAUCUUUGCUACGCGCGAAUGAAACAAUUCCGCCAUAUUAUAUUAUUGUAAACAUAUUAAUCGAUAAGUCUGUCUAUAUAGUUUAAUUAAGUUAUUUUGUACCUGCUUGCUUCUACGCAGGGUAUCGAAAAUAUUUUCCUCGUAAAACCGGACAUUACGCAUUUAUAGGUUGCUAUCGUGUAACGUUGUCCUUGGAAUAAUAGCAUUUAUCUAAUGCUGCAAUACUUGCAAAUUUUGUUAGGAAACAAAGCACCGAAUCCGCGGAAGUCUGUGCAGUGAUUUGUUGAUACGUAUUUCGUCGCACGAUAGCCAUUUUCAAUUUGUUUCUACGUGAUUUGUGAUACGAUCAUAUCGCAUAUACUAUUUUCAAUUCUCGCUUAAUGUUUGUACUCAAAACGUGCUUUUGUAAAACCUAGGUUGUAAACGUCUCGUAUAUUUCACGUAACACGUAUGGCUAAUAACGUUAGGUUUAUGUAAGUACGAUACUAUUAUGUUAAUUGUUAUAUUUUGUUGAACAAUAAAAUAUUUAAUUACGAA